AAAAAAGAAAAAAGAAAAAAGAAAAAAAAGAAACCUAGUUCGUCACCGUCACCGACGCCGGGAAGGAGGAGGAAGCGGGGAGAUGGCGGCGGCGGCGGCGGCGCGGCUGCCGCGGACGGAGGCCAGGGUGCUGUCGGGGCACGAGGGGGCGGUGCUGGCGGUGCGAUUCAAUCGGGACGGGAACUACUGCCUGAGCUGCGGCAAGGACCGGAUCAUCCGCCUCUGGAACCCCCACACCGGCGCCCUCGUCAAGCCCUACAAGUCCCACGGCCGCGAGGUCCGCGACGUGAACUCCUCCUCGGACAAUGCCAAGCUGGUGUCGUGCGGCGGGGACAGGCAGGUCUUCUACUGGGAUGUCGCAUCUGCCCGUGUCAUCCGCAAGUUCCGCGGCCACAACAGCGAGAUCAAUUCAGUGAAGUUUAAUGAGUUUAACACAGUUGUAGUCUCAGCUGGCUAUGAUCGCACAGUGCGUGCAUUUGAUUGCAGAUCACAGAGCAGUGACCCUAUUCAGACAAUUGAUACUUUUCAAGAUAGUGUAAUGUCAGUUAAUUUAACCAACACAGAAAUAAUUGCUGGCAGUGUUGAUGGUACUAUCCGCACAUUUGACAUUCGCAUGGGUAGGGAGACUGUCGACAACUUGGGGCAUCCUGUCAACUGUAUAUCUUUGUCAAAUGACCGCAAUUGCCUAUUAGCUAAUUGUUUGGAUUCUACUGUGAGGCUUCUAGACAAGUCCACUGGGGAACUGUUACAAGAGUACAAAGGGCAUAUAUGCAAGUCCUUCAAGAUGGAUUGCUGCCUAACCAACGAUGAUGCAUUUGUUGUUGGUGGAUCCGAGGAUGGUUACAUUUUCUUCUGGGAGUUAGUGGAUGCACCUGUUGUUUCAAGCUUUCGAGCUCAUAGUUCUGUGGUCACUAGCGUCAGUUAUCACCCAACAAGGGCUUGCAUGCUAACUUCAUCUGUUGAUGGCACCAUUCGUGUUUGGACCUAAAAGUGGGAAUUGCUGUUGUGCUGGACUCAUAUCCUGACAACAUUGCUUAUGUGGCAUUAUUCUCCAAUUCAUCUAUUUUUGAAGCAGAGAGGAUUGAAAAGGAUAGAUGUUCGCAAGUUCAACCCUAACUGGAACCAAGGAGCUGGGUGUUAAGAUAAGAUUGUGCUACUUGGCAGUAGUUCUGGACACGGUCAAGGCAGCAAUUUGCUAGUGAGGAUGAACUAUAUCCACCAAGCUAAGUCUUCUGCGCAGCAAGCUCCGACAUGUGAAAUACAGUCUGCCGAUGUACCAUGGCCAUUACAGCUAGUUCAAUCGUGAGAACUGGACCAGUCGAACUGAGUAUCCGUUUGGAACUUUACGAUCUGGAACGAGUGUACCCAUUUGUUACUACGGUCACCUACGGGUAAUUUUUAACCUGAGAUUGAUGAUGAUAUAAUACGGCUCUUUUGGUCAUAAA